AUGGCGCGGGCGAAGGAGUCCGCGGCGGAGGCGGAGAGGAGGGUGGAGGAGCUGUUGCGCGCGCUCGGCGUGGCGGACGAGCGGGAGAGGGCCAAGGAGAGCAGCGAGUCCAGCUCCGACCUGUUCGAGCUCGAGAGCCUGCCGGCGUUUGAAGACAAAGACACCGAGAUGCCGCGUUCCAGAACCGCCGCCGGCGACGGCGCCAGGCUGCUGGCACGGCCGCGGCCCCGCGUAGCUGUGUAA